AUGGCAGAAGCAAGUAUCUUAUGGGCUGAGGAGCAGUUCAGAUGCUCCAUCUGUCUUGAUCUACUCAAGGAUCCAGUGACCAUACCAUGUGGACACAAUUAUUGCAUGAGAUGCAUUGGAUGCCACUGGGAUCAGGAUGAACAGAGAGGAGCUUACAGGUGCCCACAGUGCAGAAAGAGCUUCGCUUCAAGACCGGUUUUAUUUACAAAUAUAGUGUUUGCUGAAAUCGUGGAGAAGCUGAAGAAGAUUACAAAGCAAACUGAUGUGAGGUGUGACGUCUGCGGGGACACGUGUGGGAAUUGUCAACAUCAAUAUGAGAAUUCAGUUAAAGGAACCAGCGGUGGCAAAAAUGACCAAGAUGCAGCAGGGUCAUUUGGGGCAGAUGCAAAAAACCUUCAGCAGAAGAUUCAACAGCGAGGGCAAGAACUUGAGAAGCUAAGAGAAGUUGUGGAGUCACAUAAGCGUUCUGCACAGAAAGCAGUGGAGAAGAAUGAGAAGAUCUUUACUGAACUCAUCUCAUGCAUUGAGAGAAGUCGCUUUGAGGUGACACAGCUGAUCAGAGAUCAGGAAAAAGCUGCUGUGAGUCAAACUGAAGGUCUUUUGAAACAGCUGGAGCAGGAGAUUAAAGAUCUGAGGAGGAGAAAAGUCGAGUUGGAGAAGCUUUCGCAAAAUAAGGAUCAAAUUCAUGUCCUCCAGAGCUGCAAGUCUCUUUCUGUCUCUGGAUCUUCAGAAUUACCCAGAAUCGAUGUCAGUACUUUCCUCUCUUUUGAUGAUGUUGGCAAAUCUCUUGAUAAACUCAGAGACAAACUCCAGAGUUUCUGUAGAGAGGAAAUCAAAAUGAUAUCUAGUACAGUGAAAAAAUGCCAUAUCGUUUCUGGUCCUGUGAAAGAAAUCCGAGAGGAUUUUCUCAAAUAUUUCCGCCAGUUUACUCUGGAUCUAAACACAGUAAAUAAAAACUUUCGUCUGUCUGGAGGGAACAGAGCGAUUACAGAUACGGACACCACUUAUAAAUACCCCGAGCAUCCCGACAGAUUUCAUGGUUGGAAGCAAGCGUUGUGUAAAGAGAGCGUGAGCGAUCACUGUUACUGUGAAGUUGAAUUGACUCGGGGUAAUGCUGUGUCUAUAUCAGUGUCAUAUAAGAGCAUCGGUCGAAAGGGAAUGGGUGAUGAAUGCAGAUUUGGAUAUAAUGAUCAGUCCUGGAGAUUAUUCUGCUCUCCUUCCAGAUUCUCAUUCUGUCAUAAUAAAAAAGUCACCGAUCUUCCAGUAAUAAGCAACUGUUGUAGAAUAGGAGUGGAUGUAGAUCACAGCGCAGGCGUCUUGUCUUUCUACAAUGUUUCUGAUACAAUGACACUCAUUCACAGAGUCCAAACUACAUUCACUAAACCUCUCUAUCUAGGGCUUGGAUUAAGCAUGAACUCAACAGUUAAACUGUGUUCUUUAAACAGUUAAAAGACAUAUACCAUUUUGGUAGCACUUUAUUUU